GGGGAGCAGCCCGCGCCCCCCAUCCCCUGCCUGCUGACACAGCGCCCUGGCCGCCUGCACCAUCGGCACUUCAGCGCCCGCCUAUAAAGGGCCAGAGGAAAAGCCGGCGCCGGCACCGCCACCUCCGCCUCUGUGCCCUGCCCUCCGACCAACCGAGCGACCCGUAUGACCAGCAGUGAAGCCAUGGACACCCUGGGGCAGUACAAGAUCACGGUGUGGGAGGAGGAGAACUUCCAGGGCAAGCGCUGCGAGUUCCUCAUGGAGUGCCCCAGCAUCAUGGAGCGCGGCUUCCGCAAGAUCCGCUCCAUCAAGGUGGAGUCUGGCCCCUGGGUAGGCUUCGAGUACCCUGAGUACCAGGGACAGCAGUUUAUCCUGGAGAAGGGUGACUAUCCCCGGUGGGAGGCCUGGAGCGGGAACAGUGGCUACCGGACCGAGCACCUCCUCUCCUUCCGGCCUGUCAAAUGCGCAGUGAGUUACUGGGACACCACAGAGGGAGGGCUCAGGGCAGGCAGAGCCUCCUCCAGGUAGCCCAGCGUGGAGGCA